GGGUCUGGCUAUAAAAUGCAUGGCAGUAAGGCGUCCUUUUACACUCUGUAUGCCGGUUUUAUGUUCACAGGGUCAGAACAUGGCUCAGAAUAGUAUAGUUUUAGUCAUUUUAGUGUUUUUUUCAGGUCAGUUUGGCUCUGUCUCAACCCAAAGCUCAAAUGUGUGCAAGACCUUUGGCAGUGGGAUCAUGCAGACUUUCAAUGGGACCAGGUUCCAUGUGAAAUCCACAUGUCCUGUAACACUGACACACUUCUCUCAUGCUGGAGUAGACUGUUUUAUCUCUGUGCAGCGUGAUCCAACUGGUUUCAUGAAGAGAGUCGAGAUUAUCGUGAAUAAAGUUGCUACCAUCAUUCAGGAUGGCACACUGACUGUGGAAGGAAACAGCAUCUCUCUGCCCUAUGACCACACUUAUCAGAGUGUGUAUACAUUUGGCAUUUAUACCAAGCUUAGAAGCAAAGUUCUACCUCUUUCUGUCAUAUGGUACAGUUUUCCUGAUGGUGUUAGUUCACUUUCGGUGCAGCUGGACCGGCCCUUACUGGAUGGGAUGACUGGGAUGUGUGGGGGACUAAAUAGUUCAGAUAAUCAAGCACAGCUUCUUGAUAAAAAUGUCAUCCGUGAUGGGAUAUGUGUGAUUGGUGAUUCCCAACCAGUAGACGAUAAGAUUUGCAAUGAGUUUAAAUCCUGGGCCAGAGAGUGCCUGGGCAGCAAUCUUAAGAUUUUUGGGACGCUCUGCAAGCAAAACAUGUAUACUAACAUCCAUGAGUCUGUAAAGUGUUCUUUCUAUGAAGAAUUCAUUCGCCUAUGUAAUGGCUCAGCCACCCUGCAAUCAAAAUUACAAAGCAUAACUUCAUGUGGGGACCAUCAAUGUCCUGGAGAUCUGCAGUUUAAAUCUCAAGGGGCUGCUUUUCCUCCCACCUGCUCCAACCCCCAGCUUCAGACAGAAUUUCUUACCAGCACUUGUCUUCCUCCAGAAGGUUUGGUCCUGAAUGAUCGAGCUGAAGGCUACCACAGUAUUAAGGUGGAGGACUGUCCGUGUGUACACAGGGAAAUAACUUAUACCCCAGGGCAAAGGCGCAGCUCAAAGUGCCAAACUUGUGAAUGCAUCAAAGGAAACUGGAAUUGUUCAUCUAACACCUGUGUUCCUCCGUGUGUCAUUGAAGGCUGGUUUGUCACUACCUUUGAUGGUAAACAAUAUUCUCUGCCCGGAAAAUGUACAUAUGUGGUUGCAAUGGGACUCAACUGGACUGUGACCAUCAAAUUUUCUGAUAUGACUAUAGAAGAAAUGUACCUUGAUGUGUAUCAGGAACGAUACACCUUCUCCUUAAACAGAGUUCAACUAGGGGAAAAUGAUAUCACUGUCACAGAUCUGUCACAAACUGAAUAUGUCACUAUCUACUGGCAGUCUUCGAUGUUUGUUAAAGUCCAGACAACGUUUGGAAUGAAGAUGCAAGUACAAGUUUCUCCAGAAGUUCAAAUGUACAUGUAUUUGCGACAAAGUGUAAUGACCUCAGGCCUUUGUGGAUCAUACAACAACAACACAGAAGAUGACUUCACUACGAGCAGUGGUAUUGUGGAAAACUCAGCUCAGCCUUUUGCUCUAUCAUGGACGCUGGGGGACUGCACAAAUAUCCCCCGUGUCUGCAUCAACACUGACAAUGAGUUAUUUGCUGAAGAUAAGUGCAGCCAGCUGAGAAACAUAAGUGGUGUGUUUGCCCAGUGCCAUGACUAUGUGCCGGUUAACCCUUAUUAUGACGCCUGCGUUCAGAGAACCUGCCAGGCUACUUCUGGCUUACAGGAGCGUGCGUGUGUUGGUCUGGGAAACUACGCUAAAGCCUGUGCCAGUCAGGGAAUCAACAUUGGUGACUGGAGAACAGAAACAGACUGCACUCAUCCCUGCUACAGUAAUCUGAUAUUUGAUUACGCCAUGCAGGCAUGCAAUCAUACAUGCCGCUCAUUGUCUAGCCCUGACCCGACCUGUGACAUGUCAGAUGACCCAGUGGAGGGCUGCGGAUGCCCAUCUGGCACUCACCUCAACACACCACUCAAGUGCAGCCCUCGUGCCCUCUGCGAUUGCAACUACCCAGGUGGAACAUCACCUCCAGGGCCCGUGGUUAUUGAUGGAUACCAAUGCAUAUGUGAAAAUGGAAAUCUCCAGUGUUCAGAAGUUUGUGACUGUCCACAUGGACAAAUAUGUGUCCAUUGUGCACGAGAACCAGUAAACACAGCACAAAGGACAUGUGAGAGCCUGAGCAAGCCUUCUAGGACUGAUGAGACAUGCAUCAGUGGCUGUUACUGUCCAGAGGACCAGUAUGCAGACCAUACAGGCAACUGUGUGACUCAGGAGAAUUGCACAUGUGAAUUCAGUGGGAUGGUUUAUGAAUCUGGGCAGAGUGUGGAGUCAAACUGUAAAAUAUGCACUUGUGGAGGAGGCCAGUGGGAUUGUCAAGGGGAUCCAUGCCCAGGAGUGUGUGAAGUGUUUGGCAAUGGACAAUAUAAGACAUUUGAUUCCAAAUGGUAUCGCUUCGAUGGCCACUGUCAGUACACUCUAGUUGAGGACAUCUAUGGGCAGUUUUCCAUUAAAGCAGAGAGUGUGCCUUGUUGUGAUGAACUUCUGACCUGCUCCCGCUCCAUCUCAGUGACACUCAAGAAUGAAGUGACUUUGAUCCUCCGUGAUAUGAAUGUAACCGAGAAGCUUCUGGAUGGGUGGCACUUCAGAGCUAAGUCACUGUACUCUAUCCAUACUGUGGGCCUGUAUAUCAUCAUCUCUGUGCCUGAACUGGGCCUCAAUGUGAUUUGGGACAAGCAAACCAAAGUCAAAAUUGAGCUGCAGGUCUCAUGGAAUGGUAAAGUGCGGGGCCUGUGUGGUGACUUUGAUGGGAAGUUAAUGAAUGACAUGCUGACGAGCAGCUCCACUGUAGUGGCCAGCACACUGGAUUUUGGGAACAGCUGGAAGACAGCCGUGCCCCCCUGUUCAGAUGUGACCCAGGAAUUGUUUCCCUGUGAACACCACUCAUACUGCGCUGCUUGGGCGCAGAGACGCUGCAUGAUUCUACACAGUGACACGUUUAAAGCCUGCCACCUAAAGGUUGAUCCAGCACCUUAUUACCAGGCCUGUAUUCUGGAGUCAUGCUCUUGUGAUUUUGAGGGCAAGUUCCUGGGAUUCUGCACAGCUGUGGCAUCAUACGCUGAUGCCUGCACAACCCAAAAUAUCUGUAUCAAAUGGAGGACUCCUGACUUGUGCCCGGUCUAUUGUGACUAUUACAAUGAAGAGGGUCAGUAUAACUGGCAUUAUGAAGCAUGUCCUCAACAGAUCAAGACUUGUGGGAAAAACAACAAAUUCUCUGGAGAGCUUGAAGGUUGUUACCCACGGUGCCCUGCUGAGAUGCCAUAUUAUGAUGAGAACAGAAGAAUAUGUUCCAGUUUGGACAGCUGCACUUGUUACUUCAACAACACUGUGGUUGGACCUGGUGCUAAAGUGACUACACCUAGUGAAUGCUGUGAUUGCAUUGGUGGGCAAAUGAUUUGCGAAAUUUGUAAAACAACACCCAAAAUGACACCAGAAAUCACCCCGCUAACAACUAUUACAACAGAGGCAACUGUAACCACCACAACAAUAUUAACCACAACUGGACCUACAACUCCAACUACACUAAUUACAACUACACCAGAGACACCUGUAACAACCUCUACCUUUUCAACUCCAACUACAACAGAGACAACAGUAAUCACACCAACUACAGAAACCACAACUGAAGAACCUACAUCAACUUCUACACCAGGAACCACCACUACAAAAACAACUGAGGAACCUACAACUACAACCCCACUUACAAUUAUAACAGAGACAACACUGACCACCAAAACAUCAACCCCAGAAAUCUCAACUGAUGAACUUGAAACUACAACUCCACUAACUACAACUACAAUGCCAUUAACUACAAGUACAACAGAGACACCCAUAACCACAAUUGUGUACACAACAGAAACAACAGCACCAAACAUAGAAACUGGGACCACGUCCACCCACUCUAGUCCAGAUUUUCAAGUGUCAACCUUCACAAGUACUACAUCAGGCACCACCACUACAAAAACAACUGAGGUACCUACAACUACAACCCCACUUACAACAAUUACAACAGAGACACCACUGACCACCAAAACAUCAAGCCCAGAAAUCUCAACUGAUGAACCUGAAACUACAACUCCACUAACUACAACUACAAUGCCACUAACUACAAGUACAACAGAGACACCCAUAACUACAGUUGUGUAUACAACAGAAACAACAGCACCAAACAUAGAAACUGGGACCACAUCCACUCACUCCAGUCCAGAUUUUCAAGUGUCAACCUUCACAAGUACUACAUCAGGAACCACCACUACAAAAACAACUGAGGAACCUACAACUACAACCCCACUUACAACAAUUACAACAGAGACACCACUGACCACCAAAACAUCAAGCCCAGAAAUCUCAACUGAUGAACCUGAAACUACAACUCCACUAACUACAACUACAAUGCCACUAACUACAAGUACAACAGAGACACCCAUAACCACAGUUGUGUACACAACAGAAACAACAGCACCAAACAUAGAAACUGGGACCACGUCCACCCACUCUAGUCCAGAUUUUCAAGUUUCAACCUUCACAAGUACUACAUCAGGAACCACCACUACAAAAACAACUGAGGAACCUACAACUACAACCCCACUUACAACAAUUACAACAGAGACACCACUGACCACCAAAACAUCAAGCCCAGAAAUCUCAACUGAUGAACCUGAAACUACAACUCCACUAACUACAACUACAAUGCCACUAACUACAAGUACAACAGAGACACCCAUAACUACAGUUGUGUAUACAACAGAAACAACAGCACCAAACAUAGAAACUGGGACCACAUCCACUCACUCCAGUCCAGAUUUUCAAGUGUCAACCUUCACAAGUACUACAUCAGGAACCACCACUACAAAAACAACUGAGGAACCUACAACUACAACCCCACUUACAACAAUUACAACAGAGACACCACUGACCACCAAAACAUCAAGCCCAGAAAUCUCAACUGAUGAACCUGAAACUACAACUCCACUAACUACAACUACAAUGCCACUAACUACAAGUACAACAGAGACACUUAUAACCACAGUUGUGUACACAACAGAAACAACAGCACCAAACAUAGAAACUGGGACCAUGUCCACCCACUCUAGUCCAGAUUUUCAAGUAUCAACCUUCACAAGUACUACAUCAGGAACCACCACUACAAAAACAACUGAGGAACCUACUACAACCCCACUUACAACAAUUACAACAGAGACACCACUGACCACCAAAACAUCAAGCCCAGAAAUCUCAACUGAUGAACCUGAAACUACAACUCCACUAACUACAACUACAAUGCCACUAACUACAAGUACAACAGAGACACUUAUAACCACAGUUGUGUACACAACAGAAACAACAGCACCAUAUAUAGAAACUGGGACCUCGUCCACCCACUCUAGUCCAGAUUUUCAAGUGUCAACCUUCACAAGUACUACAUCAGGAACCACCACUGCAAAAACAACUGAGGAACCUACAACUACAACCCCACUUGCAACAAUUACAACAGAGACACCACUGACCACCAAAACAUCAAGCCCAGAAAUCUCAACUGAUGAACCUGAAACUACAACUCCACUAACUACAACUACAAUGCCACUAACUACAAGUACAACAGAGACACUUAUAACCACAGUUGUGUACACAACAGAAACAACAGCACCAUAUAUAGAAACUGGGACCUCGUCCACCCACUCUAGUCCAGAUUUUCAAGUGUCAACCUUCACAAGUACUACAUCAGGAACCACCACUACAAAAACAACUGAGGAACCUACAACUACAACCCCACUUGCAACAAUUACAACAGAGACACCACUGACCACCAAAACAUCAAGCCAAGAAAUCUCAACUGAUGAACCUGAAACUACAACUCCACUAACUACAACUACAAUGCCACUAACUACAAGUACAACAGAGACACCCAUAACUACAGUUGUGUAUACAACAGAAACAACAGCACCAAACAUAGAAACUGGGACCACGUCCACUCACUCCAGUCCAGAUUUUCAAGUCUCAACCUUCACAAGUACUACAUCAGGAACCACCACUACAAAAACAACUGAGGAACCUACAACUACAACUCCACUUACAACAAUUACAACAGAGACACCACUGACCACCAAAACAUCAAGCCCAGAAAUCUCAACUGAUGAACCUGAAACUACAACUCCACUAACUACAACUACAAUGCCACUAACUACAAGUACAACAGAGACACCCAUAACCACAGUUGUGUACACAACAGAAACAACAGCACCAAACAUAGAAACUGGGACCACGUCCACUCACUCCAGUCCAGAUUUUCAAGUGUCAACCUUCACAAGUACUACAACAGAAACCACCACUACAAAAACAACUGAGGAACCUACAACUACAACCCCACUUACAACAAUUACAACAGAGACACCACUGACCACCAAAACAUCAAGCCCAGAAAUCUCAACUGAUGAACCUGAAACUACAACUCCACUAACUACAACUACAAUGCCACUAACUACAAGUACAAUAGAGACACCCAUAACCACAGUUGUGUACACAACAGAAACAACAGCACCAAAUAUAGAAACUGGGACCACGUCCACCCACUCUAGUCCAGAUUUUCAAGUAUCAACCUUCACAAGUACUACAUCAGGAACCACCACUACAAAAACAACUGAGGAACCUACAACUACAACCCCACUUACAACAAUUAUAACAGAGACACCACUGACCACAUCAACCCCAGAAAUCUCAACUGAAGAACCUAAAACUACAACUUCACUAACUACAACAGACAUACCUAUAAGUGUAUCAACACCAGAAAUCACAACUGUAUCUAAGCCUACAACUUCACUAACUACUACUACAACAGAAAUCACAACUGAAGAACCUACAUCAACUUCUACACAAGGAACCACCACUACAAAAACAACUGAAAAACCUACAACUACAACCCCACUAAUAACAACUCCAUUAACUAUAACAGAGACAACUGUAACCACAUCAAUACCAACAACCAUAACUGUACCUAAUACUGAUUGCAAGGAUCUGAUUAAAAACCACACUUGGCAAGAUGGUUAUCAAUGGACAGAGGACUGCUUCAAUAAAGCUUGCAUAAAUGGUGUUAUUGAGUUGAGACCUGUGAUAUGUCAAAUGCCAGAAAAACCUGUGUGCCCAAGAGGAAUGAUACAACUGGUAAAAGAUGAGCAGGGCUGUUGUGAAACCUGGCAGUGUGACUGUCAAUGUGAUAUCUUUGGAGACCCACACUACACUUCCUUUGCUGGACAAGACUUUGUGUUCCUGGAAAACUGUACAUAUAUUCUGGUGGAGGAAAGGACUCCACAUCACUAUCUCAGCAUCAGCAUUGAUAAUUACUACUGUGAGCCAUCUGCUUCCUGUGCCAAGGGCAUCAUUCUGAAGUACCAAAACAACACAGUCACAAUUCAAGUGCUUCAAGAUCCUAAUGAAAUGCCCAUGUUAGAAACUACUCUGAAUCAAGUAACAAUAACACCACCAUAUGAAGUAGAUGGACUCAGGUUUGAGAGCAGUGAUGCAAAAAUCUACAUUCACAUUGAAGAGAUCCGCUCAUACAUGUUUCUCAGUGUAUGGAACACACUGCAGAUCAAUCUGGCAAUGGAGCACUUCGUCAAUAACACACAGGGACAAUGUGGUGUUUGUGGAGGUGCCUCAUGUAUACGCAGAGAUGGUUCAGUUGAGCGUGACGACUGCUGUGAUAAGACUGCAUAUGAAUGGAUAGAGGAUGAUCCACUGAAAUCAUACUGUCAACAAGCCCCCCGGCAUGUCCCUUGUUUCCCUGACAACCCACCAACAGAUAUUUCUCCAACGACAGUACCACAGUGCACGGCUCCUCUCUGUGAAAUCCUUAGACAUGAAGUGUUCAGCGAAUGCAGUGGGGACAUUGAUGUGGAGAGACUGGUGAGUAACUGCAAGUUUGACUACUGUGUGGCCCACAACCGUGCCACUGUGUGCUCCCCACUAGAGUAUCUAGCUAACCACUGCAUGAAGAUGGGCUUCUGUGUGGCCUGGAGAAACCUCAUCAAUGGAACUUGUGACAUUACUUGUCCUGAAGGAAUGAUUUUUGAUGAGUGCCGGAGCACCCCAACUGAUUUCUGCCGUGGCGGUGAGCGUGUUUCGGGGACAGAGAGGUCUGGUUGCUUCUGCCCAGACAAUCAGCUAUUUGCUGAGACACACAAGAAGAUCUGUGUAUCUGAAUGCACCAACUGUAAAGGUCCACUGGGAGAACCCAUGCCGGUUGGGGCAGUAUGGGAGUCAAAUUGCCACAUAUGCACAUGCAAUAAUCAGACUCGGACAGAAGAAUGCACGCCAAAACCUUCUGCUCCAACUCCCAUAUGCGGUCCUGGUUCUGUUCUCAUCUCUGACUGCUGCAACAACCAGAUAUGCGUUGAGAAGACUUGCGAAUAUGGUGGAACAAUAUAUAAGGUGGCUGAAACAUGGAAGGACCCCCGGAGCCCUUGUGAAACAUUUCAUUGUACAACAGAAGGCACUGAAAUAGAGAAGACUGUGUGUCCACAGCAGACCUCUCCUGAGGAACAUUGGGAUGAACAUCAUUGCUGCUAUUCAUGUAACACAACGUGUGGAGUCAGACUAUCCAAAAUGACUGUUGAGAACUGCACUGAGGUGAUGCUGCCCACCUGUGAAGGCAACUGUGCUUCAGGCUCCCUCUGGGUGAUUUCUGGAGAAGAUCUGCAGUUAGAGCAUAAUCGGUUCAGCUGCCGCGAGAGUAACUAUGAGAUGAGACAGAUCUCUCUGGACUGCAGUGGAGCUACAGUUGCACAAUACACCUACAAACACAUCACCAGCUGUGAGUGCCAGCGUGAAGUCUGAAGGUUUUUGCAAUGUCACUGUAAUGCUCAGAGAAUUGAGGCUGAGGUUUUACAUCUACAAUCCAUACAUAUAUCUUGAUUUGCACGAUUUGUUGUCUUUAUACAUGAUCAGUGAUUGAGCUGGGAGUUUUAAUUAAAUUAUCUGUCUUUUUUUGUGCAUGUAAUAUCUGGUGUUUUCUGCUUUCAGUGCCAAAAUCCAAUAUGAAUUCUCUGUCAGACAUUUGUUUUCUUUAAAUUUUAAUCAUGUGAUUAAAAUAAAAAAUCUAACAAUCUCAGGUUUAAAAGUUAAUCUAAUAUAGCUAAAGUUGAGAUUGCUGCUUUAAUUCUUUUAUGCUAUAUCAUAUCAUAUCAAUGCUAUAUCAUGUUCUUGAAUAUUUCCUUUUUGUUUUUAAAGCACUUUAUAAUAAUGGUUGUAAAUGAUUGUAUAAUGCCUCUCAAUGAUGGAUUCAUAUGUAAUCAAUAAAUAAAGAUAUGCAAAGUAGUGUUUAACAUG